UGGCCCGGGCUUUCCGGCCUCCCAUACCUAAGUGCCCGGCCGCCACCGCACACCGCACCUGCUAGCCAGCAACCUCGCGCAGCUCUCGGCGCGAUGGACCCGGCGUUGGCCGCGCAGAUAAGCGAGGUGGUGGCGGAGAAGAUGCUCCAGUACCGGCGAGACGAGUCAGGAUGGAAGAUUUGCCGGGAAGGCAACGGAGUUUCAGUUUCCUGGAGGCCGUCUGUGGAGUUUCCAGGGAACUUGUACCGAGGAGAAGGCAUCGUGAAUGGGACACCAGAGCAGGUGUGGGACUGUGUGAAGCCACUUGCUGGGACCCUACGAGAUAAGUGGGAUGAGAAUGUGAACAGUUUUGAAAUUAUCGAAAGCAUCACUGAUACACAGUGCGUCAGCAGAACCACCACCCCCUCGGCCGUCAUGAAGCUCAUCUCUCCCAGAGACUUUGUGGACCUGGUGCUGGUCAAGACGUAUGAGGAUGGGACCAUCAGUUCCAAUGCUACCAGUGUGGAGCAUCUGUUAUGUCCCCCAAAGCCAGGUUAUGUGAGAGGAUUUAACCAUCCUUGUGGUUGCUUCUGCGGACCUCUGCCAGGGACCCGGUACAGGAGUGACUUCUCUGAAAGCCUUUGCCGAGUGAGUCGGGCACAGGGAACGAAUGACCUUCCUGGGCUGGAAGUGGGGGGUCGUCCUCGCGCAACGGCCUGGCGGGGCCAUGGAAGCAUCCACGAGAGGACCCGCUUCCAUCCUGAAAAGAAGCAGAUCCAGAGGGAUGCCCUGGGCAGUGAACCCAGCGAAACCCCUGGGUCUGGACCGUUCCCCUGGGCGGGCUCUCUGCUCCAGACGCAUAACAGCCCUGGCCUUGCUUUCACAGGGAGCCCAACAAGACCAGCCUGGUCACGUUCUUCCAGACCGACCUCAGCGGUUACCUUCCGCAGGGCGUGGUGGACUCCUUCUUUCCCCGCAGCAUGGCCGGGUUUUACGCCAACCUCCAGAAAGCAGUGAAGAAAUUCUACGGCUGACAUCCUGGCUGGUGGGCUGAGAACUGCCAUGACUCGGCGGAGCUGCCAUUGUUGGGACGCAGCUGGAGAGCCUGGGAGAACACGGGCUCCAGUGGAACCGCUCUACCUUUGGAACCCACCAGUGACCAGACAUCAGCCAGAGGCAGCCCUGGCCCCUCCUGCGCCUCCUUCCACUUGGGUGGGGCUGCCAUUUCCCAAGCACCCCUCCUCCAGCAGGGUGGACCCCCAAGGCCCCGGCCACCGGACAGGGACUCUGCCCGGGCACCGUGCGAUGCUCGCGGGUCCAAAGCCUUUCUGUGCCGAUCACUCUCAGAGACCACGUCUCCCCGUUUGUUGAGAAGAAUCACCAUCAAUCCCGAGAACCUGGCCCAGCCCCUUGGUAGCAUUCGAGCUCUCAGUCCUGUGCCACAGAUCCCCGGAUGUGCCAGACUUUCCCCCUUAAAAGACGUCAGCUUGGCAAAAUGAUGCUUAAAAAAUGAGUUAAGCAUUCAGGAAGAAGCACUUUCAAUACUCCUUUUGUUGUCUCUUCUGUUCAAAUCAUUUUCCUCUAUUUUUCCCCUGCAUGAGUUAGCCUUCAGGCGCCCCAGGGAAACCAGGCCAUUUGAACCUGCCCAGGCAGCGCUCUGGAAUUGAUUCUGGGCUCAGGGCACCUACAAGGGGAACUUGGAGGAGAGCCUCCUCUCCCCUGGGCAUUUGCCGGUUCUUGUGUUCUGUUAUAGAAGAUGGAACAGGAGUCCUCUGGCCUCCAGGACCUGGUGAGCCCGUACUGCUGUCAGCGGGAAGGACAGAAGAGCAGAUGCCCCACCCCCAGCAGUGCUGGCUAAAAUCCCCCCCAGGCCCUGCUGCAAGAUGAAACGACCCCGAACGGGCUAUGCCCAGCCCGGUGCAUCGUCGGAACCAGGGAGCACGGCCUUGCCACCUGGAAGGGGCUUCACAGCCACACGACUCCCUGUCCUUCUCUCCGGUCAGGGCCACACAGUCCUGUGUGGAAUUCUCCAACACUCCCUCACGAGCUCCUCCAUGGGCCCACCAACUUGCUGGUGAGGGAGGCCCACGUGCGUUUGACCAGAGUGCCCUCGUAUUGCAGUUUCUCAGGUUACCAGCACCCUGUGCAGAAAAUUUCCAGAGUCCUCAGCCUUUGCGCCUCCAGAUGGAAAACGUUCUCCUCGUAUCAGAGUAUCUUGCUUCCCCACCUUUGAGUCCUGGGGUGCCUGUCUUCUGAAUGUGCCGAGGUCUGAGCAAGCUUUAAAACGUGGAAGUUCAGUGUCAGGGGGUUAGAAAGCCUUCUUUCUGGGCUCUAAGGCAGCUGCAGAUCCCACAAUCAUGCCAUGAAGAUCAUCCCCCAACUCCCUCUUCUCAUCAAGAAAUCUUCACAGGACUCUCCCGCUGCGGAGCACAGGCUCUGGACGCGCAGGCUCAGCGGCCAUGACUCACGGGCCCAGCCGCUCCGCGGCAUGUGGGAUCUUCCUGGACCGGGGCACGAACCCGUGUCCCCUGCAUCGGCAGGCGGACUCUCAACCACUGCUCCACCAGGGAAGCCCUCCAGGACUCUUAUAUGUACUUAGAUUUCAUUCAUUCAUUCGCCAAGUACUUAAUGGGUCCUUACCUUGUGCCAGAGGUCGUUCUGUAUCAACUCAUCACAAUUUGAUCUCCCAAACCCAGCCAAUUCUGGGCACGCCAGCCCAGGAGACCCAGGAAGGUGGUGGUCAUACCAAGAUGGAGCCACCUGUGCUGCCCCAUCUGGCCAGGAGGGGAGGUCAGCCUCCCAAGAACACGUCUCACUGGGCCCACUGCAUGGACUGCACCUGCACUGCUCCUACGUGCAUCUGCUGGCAGUGGGUCAAACUGGUUUGAGCACUGGACCGAGUCAGAAAACGUGCAAGUGGUCCCAUCCCUGCCAGUUAGAAAUGAUGCCCUCGGACAGUCACUUAACACUCCUGUGCUUUGGCUUCCUGUCUUUAAAGAAAAUCUGGGGACAUGAAUACCAGUCCUGGGGUAGCCUGCUUAAGAGUCCCUGCAGAUGAGAUGAUGAUGGUGAAUCAGUGAGAUGCUGUACAAAGCCAGGAACGAGGGCUGCCUGGGAGAGACUCUUGGAUGGACUCAUUUCCCUGGAGAGUUAAAGUAGAUCCGGGAUUGUUGUUUGUGUGUUUGUGGUGUUGGGGAUGACUGGAAUCAUUGUUUGCAAAGGCACUGUUUUCUCUGCCUGCUGUCAGCUCUGAAGAAGGUGGCCAAGGCGCACUAAACCUCACCUGUAAACUGCAGCAUCGUGACGCUCAAAUGGAUGAGUUUUCGUUUUAAGACCUUCUUGCUGAUUCUUUUUUUUUUUUUUAAUAAAUUUAUUUAUUUAUUUCUUGGCUGUGUCGGGUCUUCGUUGCUGCGCCCAGGCUUUCUGUAAUUGCGGCGAGCGUUGCGGUGCGGGGGCUUCUCGUUGCAGUGGCUUCUCUUGUUGCGGAGCACGGGC